GCGUAAAUGCUCUUCUAAAUUUUUUGGAAGGGUGCGUAAAUGCACUCAGUUUUUUGUAAGCCGGCUAACACAUACAAAAAACUGGUGCUAACCCUAACUAGGGCAAGAGCAAAAUUGGAUUUCUUAUUCGAAUGCCAGAGAAAAAGGGUCUUCCCCCAUGACCAUAUACCGCAUACAUCUCCCAAAAGGAUGUGAAUCCCUAUUACUGAAGUUAAAAUAUCUCUGUUUGAGGAAAGCAAUUAGAACAACAAGAAGAUGCAUAUAUUCCAAACUCGAUAACUAAUUAAAGAAGAAAAUAUUCUAUUCAGGCAAAAUGUAUCGACGUUACAGGAAGCAAACAAAAGGGCCGUUAUAUAUCAAGAAAUUUUAGAGAAGAACCUGACAGUAAAAUACAGGAAGAAAAUGAAUUGGAUUUUAAAAAAGCAGAGACCGCUUAGAGAAGAAGUACCUAUAAUCCCAUUAGUAUGUUGGGAUAACAUAUCUCCACCUGAUUAUCUACUUGACACAUUAAUGAAUGGCCCAAUGUACACUCCAGGUACCCCGAAGCCAAUCUUAGAUAGUGUGAUGCCACAUAUUGAAAAGAUGAUCGUGGGCAUGAAGGACACCUGUAAUGUGUAUUGUAUUGGAGAUGUUGAAAUGUAUAAUAUUAGUGAGUCCGCCAGGUGGCAAUCGUUGCUGAUGCAUCACGGGAACGGUACCUGAGCGCUCACUUUGGUUGUAACUUGGAGACAAUAAACAUAACAUGGCGCAGUCAACAAACGUUUAGAGAAAGACGAAAGAUUCUCCUGUACUGGAUUCGACAUGUCCACGUUUCAAAAUCUUCCUCCUCCAAAACCGAUGUUGGUAGAAGGUGACUUAAGAGCGAAUUGGAAGAAAUUUAAGAAAAGUUAUCUACUUUAUUCGACGGCGACCGAACUCACGACGAAGAACAAUGAAACUCAAGUCGCCAUCUUGCUCCAUUGCUUGGGGGAAGAAGCUCUAGAAAUUUUUGAAACAUUAGAACUUAAUGAUGAAGAAGCGAAACAACCGAAUGUAAUUCUAGAAAAACUCGAGUUGUAUUUUAUUACGAAAAGCAACCAAAUUGUUGAGAGUCACAAGUUCAACACUCGUGUGCAAGGACCAAGCGAAACCUUUGACGAUUUUGUAGCAGACUUACAUAAGCUAUCGAUAAAUUGUGAAUUUGGGAAUUUACGGGAUCGACUAUUGAGAGAUAGAAUUGUGAGUGGUAUUCGUGAUCAGAAGGUAAAGGAACGUCUACUGCGAGAAACGGAGCUAUCAUUAACAAAGGCAAUCGACAUAUGCAGAGCCGCUGAACAGACAGAGAGCCACAUUAAACUCUUGUCGAAUCAACCAAAGAAUAUAGAAGUCAACGUGAUAAAAGGAAAAUCAAGAGAACUUCUCAAUGAAUCACGUGAUCAGGAAAAUAGGUCUAGUGCAGAAACAAAGAACCAUCGAACACAGAACAAUCAGUGUGGAUAUCAAAGACCGGAAAAUAAAUUCCAAGGAAGACAACGGAAUUGUGGGAGAUGUGGUUAUAGACAUAAUAAACCUAACUGUCCAGCAAUGGGCAAACAAUGUAAUAAAUGUAAAGAAUACAAUCAUUUUGCAAAAGUGUGUCGAAAUAACAUGAUAAAUGUACUGGAAAUGGUGCCAGAGAGUGCAAAUGACUACAUACUGGCGUCACUGGAAAGUAGAGGUAAGAACCUUGAUCUAGACUAGUCAGAGACUUUAAGAAUUUUAGAUUGUGUUAGUUUUAAGAUAGAUACUAGUGCACAUGUUAAUGUAAUCCCUGCAUAUAUUUUUGAGACUCUUAAUCUAAGAAGACUGCUAAAGAAAACAAAUAUUACAAUUUCGAAUUAUGGUGGAAAUAGAUUAAAGGUGCUAGGAGCAUGUGAUUUAACAGUACGAACUAAGGAUAAGGUUAAGAAACUUUUGAAUUUUAUAAUAGUCAAGACAACUGACCAAGCAGCACCUAUUUUAGGACUCAAGAGUAUUCAAAAACUAA